AUGUGGGCCAUUGCGCCGCUGAAGCCUCGGACCGAGAAUCCGGGCAUGAUGAAGAUGAUGGUUAGCGACCUGAAGACGGAGAAGCGCUUCAUACGGCACUUGGUGGAGAAGCGGACGCAGAUCGAGGAGGCUAACGCUCAGGACAUUGCGGAUGCUGAUGUUGCGGUCAAGGCCGGCAAGCUUUCCAGCUCCCUCUUCAAGCGAUUGGAUGUUAGUGGCGCCAAGUUCGACACCCUUCUGAAGGGCAUUGAUGAGAUCCUGAACUUGCCGGACCCUAUUGGCCAGGUCACUUAUGCAAACAAGGUUGCUGAGGGCUUGGACCUUUAUCGGCUAACAUGCCCGAUCGGAGUUCUGCUCAUCAUUUUUGAGGCAAGACCUGACGCUGCAGUGCAAAUCGCAUCCCUGGCCAUGAAGUCAGGAAACGCUUUGCUUCUCAAGGGUGGCAAAGAAGCGCAGCGCUCCAACGCAGCCCUCGUUACCGCGAUGUCGGCGGCUCUUCGGGAUGUAGGUCUUCCUGCAGAUUGUAUCCAAGGAGUUGACACCCGCACAGAAGUUGCAGAGCUCCUGAAGCAAGACAAGUACAUUGACUUGGUCAUUCCAAGAGGCUCCAACGAGUUGGUCAGGUCCAUCAAGGAUGCAUCCCGCAUUCCAGUCCUUGGCCAUGCAGAUGGCAUUUGUGCUGUCUACGUCGAUAGCAAGGCGGACCUGGACAAGGCCGCGAAGAUUGUGGUGGACUCCAAGACCCACUACUGCGCGGCUUGCAACUCCAUGGAGACGCUGUUGGUUCAUCAGGACGUGUGUGCCAACUUCCUGCCAAAGCUUGCAGCAGCUCUUGCCGGAAAGGAGGAUGUGCGUUACAAGGCGGACCCAGUCUGCAGGCCACAUCUGCCUUCGGGCAUUACUGAGCCAGCGCAGGAGGAGGAUUUUGACACUGAAUUCCUGUGUCACACCAUGGCGGUCAAGGCUGUGGCAUCCGUGCAGGAAGCCAUUGACCACAUUAACAGCCAUAGCUCUGGCCAUACCGAAAGCAUCGUUACAGAGGAUCCUGUGGCGGCCGAAGCGUUUCUUAGCAAAGUGGACUCGGCCGGCGUGUAUCACAACUGCUCCACACGCUUCGCGGAUGGCUUCCGUUAUGGCUUUGGAGCAGAGGUGGGUAUAUCCACGAAUCGAAUCCACGCUCGGGGUCCCGUCGGCCUCGAGGGGCUCGUGAUCCACAAGUACCGGAUGUACGGAUCUGGUCACACUGCGGCAGGGUUUUCAGGUGCAUCACCGGAGCACACAUUUCUGCAUGCCCCUGUCCGUGGAGUGGACCGUGUCGAGGAUAUCCCGCAGGCUAAGAAGGUCAGAACGUGA